GUAUAAUGUUUUCGUUAUCCUCUUCUCCUUGCUCGUGGUGGCAAGCUGCAUCUCUAGGGUCUCGGCAACGAUCCAGCAAGUUAUCAAGCUCAACUCGGAGGCGGGUGAUCGAAAGCGUCAAGUGGCCAUGUAUCUCAAGAUCAACAAGAUCAGCUCGCACCUUUGCAUUCGAGUGCUUCGCUUUGUAGAUCACAGCUUGAGGAAGCACAAAGCGGCACCCUUGGACUCGCAGCUCCUCUCGCAGACGCUGAUCAACGA